AUGACCGACAAACCGACCAGCGCGGGCACCCUCGCCCACCUCCUCCCGCCCUCCUGGAAAGCCCAGAUCACGACCUGGCUCGCCGAGGACACGCCCUCGUUUGACUACGGCGGCUUCGUGGUCGGCGAGGCCCCACGGACCGCGACGCUGUGGGGAAAGAGCGCCGGCGUGUUGGCCGGGGUGCCGUUCUUUGACGAGAUAUUCGCCCAGUGCGGCUGCACGGUCGAGUGGCACCUGGAAGAAGGCGCCGAGGUGGCACACGAUAAGGACGGCUCGGGCAAGGUCAAGGUGGCGACCGUCUCGGGCCCGACGCGGCACUUGCUGCUGGGCGAGCGCGUGGGGCUCAACAUGCUGGCGCGCUGCUCGGGCAUCGCGACCAAGACGCGCAAGAUGGUCCGCCUGGUCCGCGACGCCGGCUACACGGGCAUCCUGGCCGGCACGCGCAAGACCACGCCCGGCUUCCGACUGGUCGAAAAGUACGGCAUGCUGGUGGGCGGCGCGGACCAGCACCGCAUGGACCUGAGCUCCAUGAUUAUGCUGAAGGACAACCACGUAUGGAGCCGAGGGAGCAUCACUGACGCUGUCAAGGCGGCGAGAGCGGUCGGAGGGUUUGCACUCAAGAUCGAAGUCGAGGUUCAGAACGAAGAGGAGGCUGACGAGGCCAUCGCGGCUGGUGCCGAUAUCAUCAUGCUCGACAACUUCACGGGUGACGGCGUCAAGGUUGCUGCAAGGAGUCUUCGCGAUAGGUGGCAAGGGAAGAAGUCCUUCUUGCUAGAGGUCAGUGGUGGGUUGAAGGAGGACAAUGUCGGACCGUACGUCUGCAACGACAUCGACAUUAUCUCGACCAGUUCGAUACAUCAAGGCACCGGCUACGUGGACUUUUCAUUGAAGAUCAACCCGUAG